ACAAACCUCCCUGUUACCUCCAUGGCUCCUAUUGAGAAAGAAGCCAUUGGGAUGCCGACUCUGGGGCGUCCGUUCCAGCUGGGGAUGCUGUACGACUGCCGCACUGACGCCCCCCUGCCAGAUGUCACAUUACUGGACACCGAGGUCCUUCACAAGGACGUGGAUAUUGGGGAGCAGUGUGAAACAGAAUUUCAGGUCAUUGCUUCUGACACCAUUGAAGACAAAACCUCCAUGCUCCGUAUGGGCCCGGCAUUGCAGACCAGCUUCCUGUGCGGUUUGGUUGAGGUGAAAGGAUCUGCCGCAUAUCUAAAUGACACCACGAGGUCCCAGCGCCAGGCCCGAGUCACUCUCCGACACCAGACAAGCACGAGGCUGGAGCGACUGACUAUGAGCCAUUUAGGGCUCCAGCAGGUCCCUUACCCGGCUGUACCGGACCAAGGCAAAGCGACUCACGUGGUCACUGCUGUGCUGUACGGGGCCCAGGCUUUCUUUGUGUUUGAUCAGGAAGUGGGUUCACUUGAGGACGUACCAGAGACACAGGGCAACAUGAAGCGGCUGAUAGAAAAACUCCCUCAGAUUUCAGCAGGACAAGAUGGAGAAGUCGAAGUGGAUGACAGAGAGAAAGAAGAGGCUCAGCAUAUCCGUUGCACUUACUACGGUGACUUUGCUCUCAAGGACAAUCCAUCAACUUACCAAGAUGCCACGAGAGUGUGUGCCACCCUCCCAAAGCUGGUGGGGGACGGUGGGGAGAAGGCCGUCCCGCUGAGAGUCUGGCUGUACCCGCUGAGCAGGGCCGAUGCUCGAGGCGCUGCGGUGGUCCGUGAGAUCAGUGCAAGGCUCACGGCUAAGGCCCAGGCUGUCCUGGAGCAGCUGAACGACUGCGACAGGCAGUGCAGGGACAUGAUGAGGGACAGCACGGCCCUGCGCUUCCCUGCAAUCCAGGGGAAACUGCAGCAGUGCCAGGCGCUGUGCACUCAGUACAGACAGGCCUUCCAGAAACAGCUGGCCGCGAUCGUCCCUGCCAUCCGUGCAGGAGGAGCAGAGGAAGGGUGUCUGGAGGAGGCUUUAAUGAGCAUUGAACAAUCACCAUUCAGUCCUCAGCACCUCAGGGAUUUUCUGGAUCUAAGAGUGAGAGAGUUGAAACUUGUGAACAUGUACCUCCCUUUGCUAGAUGGGGUGGAGGUGAUUUCUUCAGAGGAGGAUCUAAGGGACUUUGUAUCUGACCCCAUGGUUAAGUAUGUUGUCUCCUUUACUUUUACUUCUUUACAUAGAGAGGAGCCAUUUCUAUCAGGUUUAGACGCCUGGCUUCACACCGCGGAUGAGAAGAAAACCUGGGAUCCAGCCUCAGCCUCUCCUGCCUGUGAGGAAUCAAACUGCCGGCUGUGGUUUGAGCACGACGUUGCACAGCGCAGAGCACGGGACUCUGCACGUUUCUUCUCAGACUUCGUACGUGUUAAUAAAUGUAGCGGGAAGACUCGGUUCCUAGCGACCUCAGUCUCAGACGAGGACAACCCAGGAGCUUCCAUUUACCUGUAUGAGGAUGGGGAGCUGGUCUGCACCAACUUUGAGCCUCCAGCAAAGCCUCUUCCUCCCCUGAUUGCUGGAAUCAGCCAUGACCGUGUGCAGCUCACACUGAAGCCAGCAGCUGUUGGACAGGCUGCAAUAACUGGCUAUCGGGUGGAGUACAGAAGAGUGGGGCAGGAGGACUGGACAGCUGUGAGUGUGUGCACCAAGCAAGAGACAUUCCCAGUAGCAGGGCUGUGUGCAAACACCGAAUACCAGUUCCGAUGCACUGCAGUGAGCAAACCAGGGCUCAGUGUCAGCAGCAAGGAGACUGACACUGUCAAAAUGGCCCCAACCAGCCCCCCUGGGAAACCUGCAAGUACUACUGUGGGAUCAACUGCCAUCGCCCUGACUUGGUGUGCACCAGCUGUCAUUGGAGAGGGAGUCACUAUUAAGGAGUACAGGGUGCAAUGUAGGGAGGAAGUUGGAGGCGAAAACCUGGAGGGGAAAGACAAAUGGCUGGAGCACAGAACAGGACAGAAAGCCGAGUUCAGUGGGCUGAAGUCACAGACCCUCUACAGGUUUCGAGUGUCAGCCGUGUGUUCAGACGGGGCUCUGAGCGCCCCUAGUGAGGAUUUACUUAUUUCAACAUUACAGGUUUGGGCAAACCUCCCUGUUACCUCCAUGGCCGAUGUUGAGAAAGAAGCCGUUGAGAUGCCGACUCUGGGGCGUCCGUUCCAGCUGGGGAUGCUGUACGACUCCCGCACUGACGCCCCCCUGCCAGAUGGCACAUUACUGGACCCCGAGGCCCUUCAAAAGGACGUGGAUAUUGGGGAGCAGUGUGAGACAGAAUGGCAGGUCCUUGUGUCUGACACCAUUGAAGACAAAGCCUCCACGCUCCGUAUGGGCCCGUCAUUGCAGACCAGCUUCCUGUGCGGUUUGGUUGAGGUGAAAGGAUCUGCCGCAUAUCUAAAUGACACCACGAGGUCCCAGCGCCAGGCCCGAGUCACUCUCCGACACCAGACAAGCACAAGGCUGGAGCGACUGACUAUGAGCCAUUUAGGGCUCCAGCAGGUCCCUUACCCGGCUGUACCGGACCAAGGCAAAGCGACUCACGUGGUCACUGCUGUGCUGUACGGGGCCCAGGCUUUCUUUGUGUUUGAUCAGGAAGUGGGUUCACUUGAGGACGUACCAGAGACACAGGGCAACAUGAAGCGGCUGAUAGAAAAGCUCCCUCAGAUUUCAGCAGGACAAGAUGGAGAAGUCGAAGUGGAUGACAGUGAGAAAGAAGAGGCUCAGCAUAUCCGUUGCACUUACUACGGUGACUUUGCUCUCAAGGACAAUCCAUCGACUUACCAAGAUGCCACGAGAGUGUGUGCCACCCUCCCAAAGCUGGUGGGGGACGGUGGGGAGAAGGCCGUCCCGCUGAGAGUCUGGCUGUACCCGCUGAGCAGGGCCGAUGCUCGAGGCGCUGCGGUGGUCCGUGAGAUCAGUGCAAGGCUCACGGCUAAGGCCCAGGCUGUCCUGGAGCAGCUGAACGACUGCGACAGGCAGUGCAGGGACAUGAUGAGGGACAGCACGGCCCUGCGCUUCCCUGCAAUCCAGGGGAAACUGCAGCAGUGCCAGGCGCUGUGCACUCAGUACAGACAGGCCUUCCAGAAACAGCUGGCCGCGAUCGUCCCUGCCAUCCGUGCAGGAGGAGCAGAGGAAGGGUGUCUGGAGGAGGCUUUAAUGAGCAUUGAACAAUCACCAUUCAGUCCUCAGCACCUCCGGGACUUUCUGGAUCUAAGAGUGAGAGAGAUGAAACUUGUGAACUCGUAUCUCAUGUUGCUAGAUGGGGUGGAGGUGAUUUCUUCAGAGAAGGAUCUAAGGGACAUCGUAUCAAACCCCAUGGUUAUGUAUGUUGUCUCCUUUACAUUUACUUCUUUACAUCGAGAGGAGCCAUUUCUAUCAGGUUUAGAUGCCUGGCUUCACACCGCGGAUGAGAAGAAAACCUGGGAUCCAGCCUCAGCCUCUCCUGCCUGUGAGGAAUCAAACUGCCGGCUGUGGUUUGAGCACGACGUUGCACAGCGCAGAGCACGGGACUCUGCACGUUUCUUCUCAGACUUUGCACGUGUUAAUAAAUGUAGCGGGAAGACACGGUUCCUUGUGACCUCAGUCUCAGAUGAGGACAACCCAGGAGCUUCCAUUUACCUGUAUGAGGAUGGGGAGCUGGUCUGCACCAACUUUGAGCCUCCAGCAAAGCCUCUUCCUCCCCUGAUUGCUGGGAUCAGCCAUGACCGUGUGCAGCUCACACUGAAGCCAGCAGUCCUUGGACAGGCUGCAAUAACUGGCUAUCGGGUGGAGUACAGAAGAGUGGGGCAGGAGGACUGGACAGCUGUGAGUGUGGAUAACAAGCAAGUGUCAUUCCCAGUACCACACCUACGCGCAAACAUUGAGUACCAGUUCUGCUAUGCUGCAGUGAGCAAACCAGGGCUCAGUUCAAGCAGUGAUGUGAGUGACACUGCCAGGAUGCUCCCAACCAGCCCCCCUGGAAAGCCUGUAGCAGCUUAUGUGGAUUUGUCUUCCAUUUCUUUGAGAUGGGAGGCACCAGAAGUCAUUGGAGAAGGAGUCAGUAUAAAGGAGUACAGGGUGGAGUAUAGAGAGGAAACUGGAGGUGAAAGCCCUGCACAGAAAAACAAAUGGCUGGAGCGAAGGACAGCAAAGAAAGCAGAGCUCUGGGACAUCUAUGGGCUGAGGCCAGGGACACCCUACAGACUCCGAGUGUUGGCUGUGUGCACAGGUGGGAGCGUGAGUUCCUUCAGUGAAGAGGCCACCAUCUGCACGGCAAAGCCUGAGAUGAAUCCGGAGAGACAGGAAGAAGAUGGAGAAGGCCCAGGCCUUGGCAUCUACUGCUCUGAGCUGCGGAUUGUUCUUACUGGUAAAACUGGAACUGGGAUAAGCGCAACAGGAAACACUAUCCUAGGGGGGCGGUUUUUUGAAUCUACACUCGCAGCCCAGUCAUUAACAACGAAAUGUACUAAGAAGACAAGCAAGCGGGAUGGCAGAGACCUGGUGGUUGUUGAUACUCCCGGCUUGUUUGACAGACAAGUUUCUGUAAGAGAAACUGGAAAAGAAAUAGGGCGCUGUGUGGCUGUCUCCUCCCCAGGUCCCCACGCCAUUGUUCUGGUCAUGAAGGUGGGGUGUUUCUCUGCAGAAGAGAAAGCAGCACUUGCCCAAAUUCAAGAUAUAUUUGGGGAAAAGGCUGUUCGAUACAUGAUUGUCUUGUUCACCAGAAAAGAUGAUUUACAGGGAAAGAAAUUAGAGGACUAUUUAACAGCACUUAAUGACAAAGAUCUUCAGCAGCUGCUAGAAAAAUGUGGAAAUCGCUGCUUGGCUUUCAAUAACAAAGCAACAGGACAGGAGCAGGAGGACCAGGUCUCAGAGCUUAUCCGAAUGAUCGAUGAGAUGGUGGAGGAGAAUGGAGGUGACCACUACACCAAUGACAUGUACAAGUAUGCUCAGAGGAAGAAGCUUCAAGUGAAAAUGAAGGAGCUCAGGAUGGAAAAGAAAAAAUAGGAAAAAUAUCUCACCAUAAUGAGGAAUGUAAGGAAGUAGAAGAGGAAUUACAAAGAUGACAGGUGACAGGUGCCAGUCAUCCCUGCACACAGCCUGCAGCCAGUUUUUAAAUGGCAUGAAAUAAUCGGGUUGUUAUGAAUUGUUCUUUAUAAGCAUGGUGCAUUAGUUUCCACUGAAGUUUAGAGCUACAGUUUUCAGGCCUCUUUUGAACUCAGCCUUACAAUGAGAUUGGGCUGGUGCCUGGUGCUUGUCAUGGCUAACAGCAAUUAAAAACAUAGACCUCCCUUCUGCUCAGAAGCCACUUAUCCUAAGCAGGAUCUGGUCAUUAAAAUACUCUUGAUUAACAAGAGUCAACAGAGCAGUUGAGACGGACAGUUCAGGUCGUCAUAGGAUGUCAUUUGUCUGUCCCUGUCACAUGAUGCUGCUUCUGGUCCUGGACUAAAGUUCUGCUAAUAAAAGGCUAAGGCAGGGCUAUGGUCUGGAUUUGCAGACAAAUAAACUUUCAUUUGAAUAUUCAUGGAACCUGAAGGUUUUCAUACACAUUUCCAUAUCCAAUAUAAAGCUCCUCUUUGCAAAAGUAUUUCGGUAUAAAGGCCUUAAAAAUAUUAUCAUUUCAAUGUCAUUCUCAUGGGCAAAACCCAUCCACAUACAGAUAUGGCCAAAUUGGUUAUCUUCUAGCAUCAUAGUAUCUUAGUAUCAAUGUAGCUAGGGUCAGGAGGGACCUGAACAGAUCAUUUCGCCUGACCCCCUGCCACAGGCAGGAAUGAAUGCUGGGGUCACAAGACCCCAGACUGGUGAUCAUCCAACCUCUUCUUGAAUUUGCCCAAAGGAGGGGUGAGAACCACUUCCCUGGGAAGUUGGUUCCAGAUUUUGGCCAGCCUAACUGUAAAAUAUUGACUUCUGAUCUCCAACCUAAACCUGUUCUCCAUCAGCUUAUGACCAUUUUUCCUCGUCACCCCAGGUGGUGCUGGGGAGAAAAGGGCUCUGCCUAUUUGCUGUUGAUCUCCCCUGAUGAGCUUGUAGGCAGCCACCAGGUCCCCCCUCAGCCUCCUCUUGCUGAGGCUGAACAGGUUCAGGUCCCUCAGUCUCUCCUCAUAGGGCCUGUCCUGCUGCCCUCCCACCAAGCGGGUGGCCUCCUCUGAAUCCUCUCCAAGCUGGCCACAUCCCUCCUGAAGUGCGGCGCCCAGUACUGGACACAGUACCCCAAAUGCGGCCUGACCAAAGUCGCAUAGAGGGGGAGGAUCACCUCUCUGGACCGGCUUGAGAUGCACCUUUGGAUGCAUGACAAGGUAUGGCUGGCCUUGCUGACUGCGGUCUGGCAUUGGCAGCUCAUGUUCAUCAUGGAGUCAAUAAUGACUCCAAGAUCCCUUUGUGCCUCUGUGCUUUCAAGAAGGAACUCCCCAGCCUGUAUGUAUGGUGUGGAUUCCUUCUCCCAAGGUGCAGCACCCUGCAUUUGUCUGUGUUGAACCCCAUCCUUUUCUCAUCUGCCCACUUUUGUAGUCUGUCUAAAUCUAGUUGCAGCCGCUCUCUCCCUUCAAGCGUGUCCACCUCGUUCCACAUCUUAGUGUCAUCAGCAAACUUGGACAGCGUGUUUUCCACCCCCUCGUCCAAGUCGCUGAUGAAGAUGUUAAACAGUGCGGGACCGAGGACCAAACCCUGGGGUACCCCACUGCUCACAUCUCUCCAGGUUGAGUACAACCCAUCCACCAUCACUCUCUGGGUGCGCCUCAUCAGCCAAUUUUUUACCCAUCCAACUGUGCAGGCAUCAAUGCCGCAGUCACUUAAUUUAUUGAUGAGGAUGGGGUGAGAGAUAGAGUCAAAGUCCUUUUUAAAGUCUAGAAAGACUGCAUCCGCAGCGACACCAUCAUCCAAGGAUUUAGUUACUUGUUCGUAAAAGGCAAUCAGGUUGGUCUGGCAGGACCUGCCUUUGGUGAAGCCAUGCUGAUUUCCCCUGAGCCUGAUGUCCCCUGCCAGCCCCCCACAGCUAUGCUCCUUGAUGAUCCUCUCCAAGAGCUUCCCAAGCAACAAGGUGAGUCUUACAGGCCUAUAGUUACUUGGGUCCUCCUUCCUCCCCUUCUUAAAAACAGGGACUACAUUAGCCAGUUUCCUGAUCAUUAACCCAGUCUCCCCUCCACCUUCACCAGUGAGCACAUAUGAGGAGGAGGAGGAGGACACGACUUUGGAUGUAAUUAAUGCAUCAGAGGUUCCUCCUCCAGCAAGCCAAAGAUUGGUUUCUGUUCCUGAGACAAUGGGUACUUGUAGGUAUCUCGGAAUGGGCAUAACCUUUUGCACCUAUCUGGCAGGCACUAUUUUGGUGCUAUUGGGUGGAUGUUCUUGGGUGUCUGUGCAUGUAGAGAUGGUUAAGCAUCCUUUUUAAUGUUUGGGGAAGAGAUAUUUCAUCACACCACAAAAACUUUUUUCUUAUUCCUCUUACCUUCCCGGUACCCCUUGGACAGCACUGAUCGGGGAUGCCUGACUUCACUGAACUUUGUGGAAAGAGAAACUUGUUGUGUAUCAGGCGUCAGAGGGGACUGCUGAUAAGUUGCCAACAUGAAUUGAUUUUGUGUGUCAUUGUUUGUCUUGUUACUAUGCAUAGUUGUGUUUUUGUUAAGUCAAUAAACCCUUCUUACCUUUCUACCCUCAACCAUAUUCUCAAUCCCGAAUCCUCCGCAUGCGGCUGGGACACCUUGAGACCCUGUGGGUCAGGAUACAAGGGGAAUCAGGAGAGGGAGACCUGAUGGUGCGAUUCUACAACAGGCCUCCCUCCCAUAGAUUCAUAGAUUCAUAGAUGUUAGGGUCAGGAGGGACCUCAAUAGAUCAUCAAGUCCGACCCCCUGCAUAGGCAGGAAAGAGUGCUGGGUCUAGAUGACCCCAGCUAGAUACUCAUCUAACCUCCUCUUGAAGACCCCCAGGGUAGAGGAGAGCACCACCUCCCUUGGGAGCCCGUUCCACACCUUGGUCACUCUAUAACCGUAAAGAAGUUCUUCCUAAUGUCCAGUCUAAAUCUGCUCUCUGCUAGCUUGUGGCCAUUAUUUCUUGUAACCCCCGGGGGCGCCUUGGUGAAUAAAUACUCACCAAUUCCCUUCUGUGCCCCCGUGAUGAACUUAUAGGCAGCCACAAGGUCACCUCUCAACCUUCUCUUGCGGAGGCUGAAAAGGUCCAGGUUCUCUAGUCUCUCCUCAUAGGGCUUGGUCCGCAGACCCUUAACCAUACAAGUGGUUCUUCUCUGGACCCUCUCCAGGUUAUCCGCAUCCCUCUUGAAGUGCGGUGCCCAGAAUUGCACGCAGUACUCCAACUGCGGUCUGACCAGUGCCCGAUAGAGGGGAAGUAUCACCUCCUUGGACCUAUUCGUCAUGCAUCUGUUGACGCACGAUAAAGUGCCAUUGGCUUUUCUGACGGCUUCGUCACUGCUGACUCAUGUUCAUCUUGGAGUCCACUAGGACUCCGAGAUCCCUUUCCACUUCUGUGCCACCCAGCAGGUCAUUCCCUAGGCUGUAGGUGUGCUGGACAUUUUUCCUCCCUAGGUGCAGCACUUUGCAUUUCUCCUUGUUGAACUGCAUCCUGUUGUUUUCUGCCCACUUGUCCAACCUGUCCAGGUUUGCUUGCAGCUGUUCCCUGCCCUCCAGCGUGUCCACUUGUCCCCAUAGCCUCCCAAGAAGAGGAGAGUGACCAGGCAUUCUCUGGAGAACUGACAGAGGCAGCCAGCGCUAGAGACAUGAUCAUCAUGGGUGACUUCAACUACCCUGAUAUCUGUUGGGAGUACCAUUCAGCCAGCUCCUGCAGGUCAGCCAACUUCUUGGCAACAGUAGAUGAUCUGUUCAUGACACAGGUUGUGGAAGGACCUACUAGUGGUAAGGCCACUAUGGAUUUACUGGUGACCAAAGGGGAGGACAUGAUAGGUGACCUGAGGAUUGGUGGUACUCUGGGCAACAGCAAUCAUGACCUGAUUAGGUUCACCAUCCAUCAUAAGACUGGGAAAUCAUUCAGCAGAACAGACUGUGGCAGAAAUGCCACCGAGGGUGCCCCUCUCCAGAGACCUGUCCGUGCCAGCCUGAGAGGCUGCUGUUGAAUCCUUCAGAGCGGGAAUCUCCCACCUUGUCUGCAUGACAAAAGCCUGGUGCCUGGGAGGAGGAUGCACUAGUCACCUGGGCAGGGGGGGGAAAGACCCGGCCCUGCGCGGGCCCAGGUAGCCAGGGAUGCUUGGGAGAUUGGUCGGUUUGGGGCCAGUAUUGGCAGCUUCGAUUGGACCGGGCUGCUGAGGUCAGAGAGGUUAUUUAAGGGCCCAGUCCAAGAAGAAGGGGGGCAGCCAUUAGCCAUGCGGUCAUCCAGGUGAAUCUGAACCUGGCUGUCUCCUCAUCACCGCAUGCUCCAAGAGUGUCCUGCCUUCAGAGGAUACAACAACCACCUCUGGACGAUGCGAGUGAGUAAGCUACUCGAGAUCCGAUUAGAUAUUUAGCUUCAGUAACUCAGAUGUGUGUUUAAAUGGCUACCUCAGCCACCCUGGUUUGCUCAAUGGGAUUCCUUUGAUAUUCCUGUAAGAUUUCUAUGAUAUUGCUCUACCUUUUACCCUGUUUUCACCCUACCCCCUGUAAUCAAUAAAGUUCUCCUUUGUGACUGGUGUGGGAGACUUAUUGAGGGGUGGGUCUAAAUUAUGCCGAGGAGGCCCCUUAGGUCGGUGGACUAAGGGAGACUUUCCUAAUAAGCCCCUGACUUGGGGAAGUGCCCCAAGUGCCUGUAUUGGGUCUAGCACCCAUUGGACGAUCAGGCCUGUGUUCUCCAAGGUGUGCAGAGCCAGAAGUGAGUCCAGAGCCUUGGAUGGUGGCAGCGGAACCCCAGG